AUGCGAAAGGGCAGCUUUCCUGCAGGACACCCGCCGCCCGCUCCCCGGGACCCGCGAGCUCCGCAGCGCCGUCCGCCCAGGGCCCGGCCUCCUCCGCCGGCCUCGCUCCCCGCCAGGGCCGGCCGCCCCCGGCGAGCGGCGGAGGACGAGCGGUUCCCGCAGGCGUGCGCGCCGCCGGCUCCCCGGCCGGCCUGGCGCGGGGCCCUCUCUCCACUCCCCGCGGUCGCUCAUCGGCCGGGCCGCCCAGCUCCGGGAACCCCGUCGUCGCCAUCGUCGCCGCCGCCGGUGCCGCCCCGCGGGCCUCCGGACGCCCGUGUCCGCUCCCCCGCGCGCCGGCGCCAUGGAGACCGUCACGAGACGCCGGCGGCUCCCGCGCCGGCCAAUGGGAGAGCACGUCGCGGCGAGACGCAGACGUCGCUCUUCCAAGAUGGCGGCGCGUCCGUCGCGAGCAGCCGGGCCGGGGGGAAGCCUGCGAAGCCGAGUCCAGCCGCCGCCCGGGGAAGGACUGAAGGGGCUGUUGCCGCCGUUGGCGGCGGCGCGGGCAGUUUCCGCUGCUGCUACGGCUGCUGCCAUGCGGCGAGGCUAGGGAGGAGCUCACUCCCCCGGGGUGUAAUAAUGUUAACAGAGACAAGUCUGUCCAUAUGGGGAUGGGGAAGCCUUGGCAUUGUCCUUUCUCUAAUAACCUUUGGACCCUUUGUAAUAUUUUAUUUGGCAUUUUAUAUCCUCUGCUUUGUUGGUGGGGGUUUUGUGGUUACUCUUUUAUUUGGAAAAACAAACUCAGAGAAGUACCUAGAGCAGUGUGAACACUCAUUUCUUCCUCCAACUUCAACUGGAAUUCCUAAGUGUUUAGAAGAAAUGAAACGUGAAGCCGGGACAAUAAAGAUCGAUAGAAGAUUAACUGGUGCCAAUAUAAUUGAUGAGCCUCUCCAGCAAGUUAUCCAGUUUUCCUUGAGGGAUUAUGUCCAAUAUUGGUAUUAUACACUAAGUGAUGAUGAAUCUUUUCUUCUUGAAAUUAGACAGACUCUUCAAAAUGCACUCAUUCAGUUUGCUACUAGGUCAAAAGAAAUAGAUUGGCAACCUUAUUUUACAACACGCAUUGUAGAUGAUUUUGGCACACACCUACGAGUAUUUAGAAAGGCUCAACAGAAGAUAACAGAGAAAGAUGAUCAAGUAACAGGUACAGCAGAAGAUCUAGUAGAUACCUUUUUUGAAGUUGAAGUUGAAAUGGAGAAGGACGUUUGCCGUGACCUAGUGUGCACUUCUCCCAAAGAUGAAGAAGGGUUCCUAAGAGAUUUGUGUGAGGUCUUAUUAUACUUACUGCUACCUCCUGGAGAUUUCCAGAACAAGACCAUGCGAUACUUUGUCAGGGAAAUCCUUGCACAAGGAAUUCUUCUUCCAUUAAUAAAUCAACUCAGUGAUCCUGAUUAUAUUAAUCAAUAUAUCAUAUGGAUGAUCCGUGAGUCUAAUUGCAACUAUGAGGCCUUUAUGAACAUUAUUAAAUUGAGUGACAAUAUUGGAGAGCUAGAAGCAGUCAGAGAUAAGGCAAUAGAAGAAUUACAGUAUCUUCGAUCUCUAGAUACAGCUGGUGAUGAUAUCAACACUAUCAAAAAUCAAAUUAAUAGCUUAUUAUUUGUAAAGAAAGUAUGUGACUCAAGAAUACAACGGUUGCAGUCAGGCAAAGAAAUAAAUACUGUGAAACUGGCAGCAAACUUUGGGAAACUUUGCACAGUCCCUCUGGCCAGCAUCCUUGUAGACAAUGUUGCACUACAAUUUUUUAUGGAUUACAUGCAGCAAACUGGAGGUCAAGCACAUCUCUUCUUCUGGAUGACAGUGGAAGGGUACCGGGUUACAGCCCAACAACAACUACAAGUUUUAUUAAGCCGUCAGAAAGAUGGAAAACAUCAAACUAACCAAACCAAAGGUCUUUUAAGAGCAGCUGCUGUUGGAAUUUAUGAACAGUAUUUAUCAGAAAAGGCAUCUCCACGGGUUACUGUUGAUGAUUAUUUGGUAGCAAAAUUAGCAGAUACUUUGAAUCAUGAAGAUCCAACUCCUGAAAUCUUUGAUGACAUUCAAAGAAAGGUGUAUGAACUGAUGCUACGAGAUGAAAGAUUUUAUCCUUCCUUCAGACAGAAUGCACUUUAUGUGCGCAUGUUAGCUGAACUGGACAUGUUAAAAGAUCCUAGUUUCAGAGGAUCAGAUGAUGGUGAUGGAGAAUCUUUUAAUGGGUCUCCUACAGGAAGCAUAAAUUUGUCUUUAGAUGACCUUUCAAGUGUAUCUUCUGAUGAUUUAAUACAACUUCAUGCUUAUAUUUCAGACACAGUAUAUGCUGACUGUGACCCAUAUGCUGUGGCAGGAGUUUGUAAUGAUCAUGGCAAGACAUAUGCAUUGUAUGCCAUCACUGUGCACCGACGCAAUCUAAACAGUGAGGAGAUGUGGAAAACCUAUCGUCGUUACAGUGACUUCCAUGACUUCCACAUGAGAAUCACUGAACAGUUUGAAAAUCUGUCAAGUAUAUUGAAGCUUCCUGGAAAAAAAACUUUUAAUAAUAUGGAUAGGGAUUUUUUAGAAAAGAGAAAAAAGGAUCUUAAUGCAUAUUUGCAGUUACUGUUAACUCCUGAAAUGAUGAAAGCAUCCCCAAUUUUGGCUCACUAUGUGUAUGAUUUCCUUGAGAAUAAAGCCUACAGUAAAGGGAAGGGGGAUUUUGCUCGCAAGAUGGACACUUUUGUGAAUCCACUUCGAAAUUCUAUGAGGAAUGUUUCCAAUGCAGUUAAAUCCCUUCCUGAUAGCUUGGCAGAGGGAAUGACUAAAAUGUCAGACAACAUGGGCAGAAUGUCAGAAAGACUAGGUCAAGACAUAAAGCAAUCAUUUUUCAAGAUGCCUCCUUUAAUUCCAAAGACUGAUUCAGAUCCUGAACAUUGUCGAGUCUCAGCUCAACUUGAUGAUACUGUGGAUGACAAUAUUCCGCUUAGAGUAAUGCUGCUUCUCAUGGAUGAAGUGUUCGACUUAAAAGAGAGAAAUCAGUGGUUGCGAAGAAAUAUCAAAAACCUACUUCAGCAGCUUAUUAGAGCCACAUAUGGUGAUACUAUUAAUAGAAAAAUAGUUGACCAUGUUGAUUGGAUGACCUCACCUGAGCAAGUAGCGGACUUAGUGAAACGUUUCAGAGAUGCCUUUUGGCCAAAUGGCAUUUUAGCAGAAGCUGUUCCAUGCAGAGAUAAAGCUAUCCGAAUGAGAACAAGAAUUGCAGGAAAAACUAAACUACUUUCAAUUAUGCCAGAUGAACUGAAGCACAUUAUUGGGGCUGAAACAACACGGAAAGGUAUUCUUCGUGUUUUUGAAAUGUUUCAGCACAACCAGUUAAAUCGGAGAAUGGUUUAUGUCUUCUUGGAAGGCUUUUUGGAAACCUUAUUUCCACAGUAUAAAUUCCGUGAACUUUUCAACAAACUGCAUUCACGAUCAAUGCAGAUGCAGAAAUAUAAACAGAAACUUCAAACAUCUCAAGCGCCUUCUUUGCAGAAAAGGUGA